GGUUAUGCAGAGAUCUUUCAAAUAAUGAUAUCUCGGGCCCAAUUCCGGAAGAGCUUAACCAACUGCAGAAUUUGAAUAUGUUGAGACUGGAAAAUAAUAACUUAACCGGUAAUGUUGGUUCAUUAGCCAACUGUCUCAGUCUUACUGUAUUGAAUGUUUCUUACAACAACCUAGUUGGUGAUAUUCCUAAGAGCAAUAACUUCUCUAAAUUUCCUCCCGACAGCUUCAUUGGCAACCCUGGUCUUUGUGGUAGUUGGGUAAACUCGCCUUGUCAUGUUUCUCGUCCAACAGUACGAGUGUCAAUCUCAAGAGCAGCUAUUCUUGGGAUAGCUAUUGGGGGAUUCCUCAUCCUUUUCAUGGUCCUUAUAGCAGCUUGCCGGCCUCAUAACCCUCCUCCCUUUCUCGAUGGAUCACUUGACAAACCAGUAACCUAUUCUCACCCGAAGCUGGUCAUCCUUCACAUGAACAUGGCCCUCCACGUUUACGAGGACAUCAUGCGAAUGACAGAGAAUCUCAGCGAGAA